CUCACAUAUACAAGUAUAAACAUAUGUGUGUACAUUAUUUUUUUUAUUUCGGCAUCGAAUUCAUUUGAAACAGAACUUGCUCGCAGUUUCUUUCUCUCUUUCAAUCGUGUCGGAGGCAAGCACGCGAAUACGAAACUCAACGGAAAGAGAACGGCCAUUUUGACGCACGCAUCGUGCGAUUACAAAAUAAAUACAUAUACAGAGCAACACUUCCCAAAAAUUAUUGCACAAAAUUUGACUAGUAAAUUAACAACAACAAAAAAAAAAGCAUAAAACGCAGUUCAAAAUAACGCCCACACGUUUGGGUUUGUUCUUUUUGUGAAACGUAUUCAUAGUGUCCGGAUUUUAGUUUGAAGAACGCAGCGGCGUUUCCUUUGUGAACAAACCACGCGCUAAAUUGUCUGUAAUUGUUCAAAUGAAGCUUUAACGAGGACAACGCUGCAAAAGAACAACAAGAAAUACGCCAAAAUGCUCGAAUCACCCAAGUUUAUUGAGAAUGAUUUGUACGAUGGCAGCCGCAUGUUUACCUGGUUGGCCGAUGCCGUUGGGCUGUCUGUUGAUUUGGUCAACUUUUUAGUCUGCCAAAUAUCGGCACUCUUCCUGGCCUCGCUCUUCCGCUCGUGGCUGCAUCCAUCGAAGGUCUCCUAUGAGGUGCGACACGCUUUCGCCAUGUCCUUGGGCCUGGCCUUUGGCUACUUUUGCUUUGGCCAGCAGGCCAUACACAUUGCCGGUUUGCCGGCCUUAUGCUAUAUCGUGAUACGCACACAGGAUCCGCGCAUUGUGCAGAGAAGCGUCUUGCUGGUGGCCAUGGGCUACCUGUUGUGCGUGCACCUGAUGCGUCAGAUCUACGAUUACGGUUCCUAUGCACUGGACAUAACCGGGCCGCUGAUGAUCAUCACGCAGAAGGUGACCAGCCUGGCAUUUAGCAUACACGACGGCUUUGUGCGCCAGGAUGAGGACUUGACAAGGGCGCAGCAAUAUCAUGCGAUUAGAAAAAUGCCAUCCGCAUUGGAGUAUUUCUCGUAUGUGUGGCACUUUCAGAGCCUUAUGGCCGGCCCGUUGGUCUUUUACAAGGACUACAUUGAGUUUGUAGAGGGCUACAAUCUAUUGAAGCGUCCGGCGAGCAAUGCCAGUCUGGACAAUGGCAAGUCGGAGCUGGUGGUGGAGCCGUCGCCAACGAAAACCGUGAUACGCAAGGUGCUCGGCAGCAUGGUGUGCGCCUUCAUAUUUAUGAAGUUUGUCAAAAUCUAUCCAGUCAAGAAUAUGAAAGAGGAUGACUUUAUCAAUGACACAAGCAUACCCUAUAAGUUUUGGUAUGCCAUGAUGGCAACCACCUGUAUACGCUUUAAGUAUUAUCAUGCCUGGCUACUCGCCGAUGCCAUAUGCAAUAAUUCGGGCUUGGGUUUCACCGGCUACGACAAGGAUGGCAAUGCCAAAUGGGAUCUAAUAUCCAACAUAAAUGUGCUGUCAUUUGAGUUUGCCUCGAAUAUGCGCGAUGCCAUCAACAAUUGGAACUGCGGCACGAAUCGCUGGCUCCGUACGCUCGUCUAUGAGCGUGUGCCCAAGCAGUAUGGCACAUUGUUGACGUUCGCCUUGAGCGCCGUUUGGCAUGGCUUCUAUCCUGGCUACUAUUUGACCUUUGCCACGGGUGCCUUAAUGGUAACAGCGGCGCGGACAGCGCGUCGCAUGCUCCGCUAUCGCUUCCAGAGCACACAAUUUACGCGCAUGUUCUACGACAUUCUAACCAUCAUCACCACACGCAUCGUGAUGGGCUACACCACAUUCCCAUUUGUUCUGCUUGAAUUUAUGGGCAGCAUCAAAUUGUACCUGAGAUUUUGUUUGUGCCUUCAUAUUAUUUCAUUAGUGACCAUAUUUAUUUUACCACGAUUCAUACGCGGCGAGCAGCGUCCGAAUAGAAGUGCCGCCGGCACGAAUCUUACGGCUAAUAUAAGCGAUAUUGCUACUGGAACAACAACAGCAGCAGCAGCUGCUGCUGCUGACGAUCCGUUGGCCGUGGACAACAACACGCACGAUCUCAAUGUUGAGGAGGAGCAGGCGGUUCUCAGUGAGCCCGCUAAACGUAAUGACACAUUGACACAGCAACAACAACAACAACAACAACAACAGCACAUGUCGAGUCAGCCACAGAAUAAUAAAAUACUCCAACCACGCCCACAGCAGCAACAGCCGCAGCAGCACAAACAGCAGAAGCAACCCCUGAGCCCCAAGCCACAUCCACAGGAAACAAGCGCUCGCGACGCGGUUAGCGUGCCGCACGAUCAGUGCGAAAUGGAUCAGUUGUCCAGCAAGCUGAAGGAGAAGAUCGAAGCGGAAACCAAAAAUAUUGAGGAAUUUAUUGAUAAGACUGUCACCGAAACUGUCAGCGGCAUCGUUGAGUUCAAGAACGAUCUGAUGCGCGACAUUGAGUUUCCCAAACUAAAGCUAGCCGCCGGCACAGUCAGUAGCGGUGCCGCCAAUCUGGUGGACGCCGCUGCAGCUGGUCUGCGCAAGCGCAACAUAUCCGCCGCACAUGGCCAACAUGACAACAACAUCAGCUCCAACAGCUCCACGGGCGGCCCACUGUCCGAGGAGGAGAACAGCGGCGCCUUUCUGAAGAAGGAGAUCGAUGUUAUAAAUGCGGUGGUGCAGCAGGCGAACGUAUUGCCUGCGGUGCUGAGCAAUGGCCAUGCCAAAUAGAGAACCGGAGCGGGGGGUGGCCGGUAGAAACCAAAUGAGAAAGAAGAAAAAGGUAGCUGCAACAACAACUGGACAAUUGAGACACGGCUGGGAUUGACGCGGAUGGGAGGUUUGGUAGGGAAAUGACACGGAGAAGCAGGUGCUGUGGGCUAACAGCUUAAACACACGCACACACACACGCACACGGCACACACGCACACACACACACGGCACACGGCACACACA